ACUACUAUCCACCCAAGAAUUCAAAACCUCAUAAUAAUAAUUUUAAUUCAAAGACUUUCUCGAAAGACAAAAAACAACAUUCUACUGUAAUAGACUAAUCUACGACAAGUUUACGUUACUAUAAUGGUGGCCGGAACUCUCAGGCUAAGUUUACAUAGCCUAACAAAAAUUCUACUCGCCAUCUUUCUUGUCAUUUCUGUUUACUCCGGAACAAUAUCCAGAACCACAGAGAAGAGUUACAACGGGGAGACGACAACGAAGGCUUACAACGAGACGACACUGAAGGGCUACAGCGAAUUGACACAACCGCCGCCGCCGACAGUUAGUAACUGUGAUCUCUUUUCAGGUAAAUGGGUUUACGAUAAUACGUCAAAUCCUUUGUAUUCUUGGAAGAACUGCUCAUUCUGGAACGAUUGGUAUACUUGUGAGAAGUUUGGAAGAAAAGAUUUAAGCUAUCAGAAUUGGAGAUGGCAACCCGACCAGUGCGACUUACCGAGGUUCAAUGCCAAAGCCUUACUGGAGAGAUUGAGAGGGAAAAGGAUGGUCUACGUUGGAGAUUCAUUGAACACAAAUCAGUGGGUUUCCAUGGUUUGUAUGGUGGAGUCUGUAAUCCCAUCGGCACUCAAAUCUCUGCAUAUCAACGGCUCUCUCACCACCUUCAAAGCCAUUGAAUUCAAUGCGACCAUUGAGUUCUACUGGGCGCCAUUGAUGGUCGAAUCAAAUUCGGAUGAUCCGGUGCUCCAUCGAGUACCGCACCGAAUAGUCAGAGCUGGAGCUAUUGAAAAACAUGCAGUUCAUUGGUCUGAUGCUGAUAUACUUGUCUUUGAUUCCUACCUUUGGUGGAAGGUACCAAAAUUAGAAGUCUUAUGGGGAUCAUUUGAAAAGCCUAAUGAAGGAGUCUACAAAAAUUUAGGAAUGGUGGGUAACUUUGAAGUGGCUCUAAAAACAUGGUCCGAUUGGCUUGAAAAUCAUAUCAACCGUACAAAGACACAACUGUUUUUCAACAGCUUGUCACCGACACAUGAUUGGGCAGGUGACUGGGAAGAGACCAACCAAGGAAACUGUUACAACGAAACAGAACCGGUAUUACAAGAAGGUUACCGGGGUCGAGGAACAAUUACUGACAUUAUGAGGGCCGUGGAGAGUGCUGUCAGUGAAUUGAAAACUAGAGGUGUUGAUGUGAAAAUACUCAACAUUACACAACUAUCAGAAUACAGAAAAGAAGCGCAUCGCUCCGUGUACAGGAAAAUAUGGGAUACAUUAACUCCAGACCAAUUAUCAAACCCUGCUAGUUAUUCUGAUUGUUAUCAUUGGUGCCUCCCCGGAGUCCCGGAUACUUGGAAUGAACUCCUUUAUGCUUACAUACUGCCUUGAUGAGUAAUUUGUAAGAAUGUGUAACUACUAUAUAGUAUUGAUCGUUGUCGGUGUUUGUAAGAAUGUCCUAGUAAGCAUUUUCCUAGUAAUUUUGUAUGCUAGAGCUCAGCUCACCAA